AUGCCUUCAAGAAGCCGAAGUUAUUGCCAAGCCGGCAAAGACAGCAUCAUGGUCACCCCAAGGAACCUCGUCAACCCGAGUUCUAACUUGUUCGAUAAAUCUUUGAACGGGGAAUUCGCCCAGGAAGAUUGGGACGACUGGAUGAGAUGGGAAGGUGCAACGACGACGGAUCUGAUUCCAGCUGAUAUUCAAUGUACUGAAAGUAUGGAACGUCACGAUGCAUCUCUAGAGACCUGGGCCAUGGGAAUCGAGAGUUCGGGAGUUGACAUGAUGCCGACGUCCUACUCUGCUGGCACCGACUUCCCAUUUGCGGAUGCUCCAUUCGAGUUCGAAGACACACCACCAUUAUCAGCAGGCUCGACAAACAAUCAGAGAAACAUCCCUCUAUACCCCACGACUGGAGCCAAUCCAACACAAGGGCAGGUGCAGCAAGAGCUUCGCAGGUCCUAUCGUGGAUUUUCCUCCCUCACUGAAGCCGAAGAACGGAGCCUGCAAGAUAUCGCCAUGCCAUCCCAUGUACUUCCCAAUAUCAAAGUUGCCUCAGCGUCCGCUUCACCAGCGGCAUCCCAAGCAUCCCAAGCAUCGCAAUCCUUCUCUCCUUCGCCCGAGCCAGAAACUCGUACGCGCAAGAAUAAUAAACGCAAAUCGGUGGACAUGGAAGACCAGCCAAACAGUGCACUGUGCCAAUCGAGAAAGCGGGGUCACAACGCCAUCGAAAAGCGAUACCGAACAAACUUGAACGCCAAGAUCGAAUCUCUGCGUGAAGGAAUCCCGUCCCUCUAUGGGCCAAAUGACAACGGUGGCGAGGAGGAUUCCGUCCGCGAAGGUGAUAGCAAGUCAAACCAGCAAAAGUAUGGAAAAGCAGCGAUUCUGAUGAGAGCUCUCGAGUAUAUCAAGCACCUGGAGAAAACCACGCAGAGACUCGGCAGCGAAGUUGACACUUUAAAGACACGCGUAGGGGCCUUUGAGAAAUUGGCUAUGAGUGGGAGCAUCAUCCUCAAUGCUGGCGGCAUGGAGGCAAUGAGCAGACCAGUCUUGGUAAAGAGUGAAACGCUCGAGAGUAUUCAGUCGGACUUCCAACAAAUCCGACCAAAAGCAAAAGUAGUCGCUGGACCAGCUACGAAGAGAAGAGGCUCAAGACAGACAAAAGUACAAUGA